AUGAUGGAAGCUGAAACUGUUGGUAAUCUCGUCCAAAAAAUGAUUAUUUCGCUUUGUGGAGAACAAAAGCCAGAAAUAAUUAGAAAAUGGAUGCGUUUUUCUCUUGGAUUAUUAUCAUCAACUCAAGGAAUAGAAACAUUACAAGAGGAUGAAAUUAGUAUAGGAAAUCAAAUAAGAGAAAAAUUAUCAAUAUGUGAUGCAACACAGUUUGACAAAUUAUAUAAUGAAUUAAAAUCUGGGCCAUUAAAGAACAGGACACAAAUUCUGAUAUUCUUGUUAAACAUGUGUAAUUCAGCAGAACAAUUAAGGGGUAGAGUCUUUUCAGCACCUGAAUUAAAAUUAGGUUUAUCUUCAUCAUCUGCAUCCACUAGUGGACAAUCAUCUGAAAUUUCUGCAUCACCACAAAUUGUAUCUAUAAAUAGUGCAAACAAGAAUACAAGAGAUUUUUUAAAUUCUAAUAAAAUAUAUGGAGAAGAAUAUAUUUCAGAAGAUGUAUUGAUUCAAGAUCUUAUAUAUUCUUUCUUAGGUAUAGAAGGAAAAAUAUUAAAGUUAGAUUCUAAUUAUGGCUUCCAAAUAGAUCCAAUUAUUAGCAUUGAUAGACCACGAAAGCAAGCAACUUUGAGAUUAAGUGAACUUGGAUAUUUGCAUAAUAUAAUACAAAAAGGUUUAGAAAGAAUGUCAGUUGCUUCAAGUGGUCAAGUAGCUGAUAGCUUUGUUGCAGCAUUACAUUCUGAAUUGUCUGAAUAUUAUAGGGUUAUUGCGCUUAUUCAAGAAGAAGUAAACAGAGCUCAGUCUGAAUCAGGAUUAUACAGAGUUACAUUAUCCCAUUUACAUCUUUGGGUAUAUGAUCCUUUAGAAAUUUUAAAAUGGCUAGCAAGCAUAGUAAAAGCUUGCCAAGGACAAAAAGGUGGUGCAUUAGCUUCUGCAGUGUAUGAAUUUAGUAAUCAUGGUGAUACUAACGUGAAAAAAUUAGUUAAAAGGAUUUUACAAAGUGUUUGCAAUCCAUUGUAUAAUAUGUUGAUAAGAUGGAUGGCAGAUGGUGAAUUAGAUGAUCCAUAUAGAGAAUUUUUCAUUGAAGCUUGUGCUGAUAUUACUGGAGAUAGAAUGUGGCAUGAGAAAUAUCAAGUUCGCAACAAUAUGUUACCAUCUUUUAUUACAAAAAUACAAGCUAAAAAAAUUUUAGGAACGGGAAAGAGUAUUAAUUUUCUGCGUGAAGUAUGCAAAGAUUUUACUCCAUGGCAAGGAAAACAUACAAAAAUGUUUGAAAAUUUUAGUGAAGAAUAUAAAGUUGAUGUUCUUUUUGAUAUGGAUCCUGAUGGUCGAUUACAAACUAUGAUGGACACAGCUUAUAAAGAAACUUCAACCAGAGUAGUAGAAAUUUUAACAAAACAGUAUCAUCUAAUGGAACAUUUACAUGCAAUUAAAGGUUAUCUUUUAUUAGGAGAAGGAAAUUUCAUUCAAUAUCUUAUGCACUUAUUAGAACCAGAAUUAGAUAAACCAGCAAGUUCUGUAUAUCCACACAAUAUAUCUUCAAUUUUGGAAACAGGAAUAAGAGCAACUGUUACAAAGAUAGAUGAUUCAGAUACACAUAAACGUCUUGAUGUAAGAUUAUUAGCACCUUCAGAAAAUGAAAGAGGAUGGGAUGUUUUUAUUCUCGAUUACAAUGUGGGAGGUCCUAUUGGAACAAUUUUAGAACCUUGUAGGCAAAUCUAUCAAACUGUAUUUUUUGCUUUAUGGAGAGCGAAACGAAUGGAAUCUAUAUUAUCUACGAUUUGGAAACGUCAAAUAACUUCAGCAAAAAUGUUUCGUAAAAUGCCCGAAGUAUUACCUAUUCAAACUCAUAUUCAUUUAAUUACAAGUAGUAUGGUACAUUUGGUUCAUCAAAUGCAGUAUUUUUUCCUAUUUGAGGUAAUUGAAUGUUCUUGGGAUGCUUUUGCAAAACAAUUGGCACAAGCAACAUCUUUGGAUGAUAUAAUUACAGCACAUACUCAUUUUAUAGAUACUGUCAGACGUGGUACCUUGCUAGAUGAAAAAUCACAAGAACUUAUGGAUCAUUUACGUUCUGUAUAUGGUCCAAUUUUAGACUUGCAAAAUCUAGAAGAAACAUUUCUUGCGCGUGCGACACAUGAAUAUGAAGCACGAUUAAAAGAUAAUAAGUUAUUAAAUACAACUGUUGUAAUGUCAAGUCAUUUAGACCAAACUAUGGAUGCAGAAAUCGCUAAACGUCAAGCCACAUUUUCGAAAUAUUUAAAUACACUUUCAAUUCAACUCAGAUUACUUUCAAGAACAUAUCAGGAUAGAGUAAAAAAAUUUCUUAUAAUGCUUGCUUCGGCAGAAGAUGUAUCUUUACAAUUAUUAAGUGUACGAUUAGAUUUUAAUGAAUAUUAUAAAAGUAAAGAUAAUCGUCUUGUUGUGCCAUUAACUUAUUUGCAUCGAAGACAAAGUGAUCAAAGUUAUCUUAGUUGUAAAUGAUAAGUACAAAAAUCGUUUUUUUUUAUUACUAAUUAGAUAUAAAUAUAAUCUUUUUACAUGUUAUUUUUUUUAAUAAAAAUUUUUCAAAGAAA